UACGUUGUAUAUUGGCUUGAGUGGUCGGGAAAAUGUUUUACGUGUACUUUCGCCCAUUCAACUUAAUCUGUAAUUUCUUCGGUUUGUCAAAACCAACCAUAACAGUGGAAGGUGUUUCUAAAAAUAUCAGUUCUUGGCUGAAACUUUGGUCCAUUCUGAUUGUACUGGCUUUAAUAAGCAGCUUCUGUUUUUUGUCUAAUCAAUACGUGAACUUUGACAUAAAACAUAAUCUACAAAUUGUACCAGACAUAAAUGAUUUGAUUGUGAAUGUUUUGUUUAUAGUCAUAAAUAAUAUGAAAAGUGAAAGAAUAUGUAUGAGUCUGCACCAAGUGUUUGAUAAUACAUUUGCUCAUUUGAACUUAGACGGCAAGAUUUUGAAGUUAUUUUUCAUAAAAAUGUACUUCUGGUUUUCUUUGUUGACCAUUACAUUUUUAAUCUUUAUAAUCAUGGAAAUUGCGCACAGUUAUCCACCAUACAUUUUAUUAAUGAGAAUUCCAACAUUUUUAUCAAUUUUACAUUUAUUUAUGCAUUUGUAUUUGAUUCUUGCGACCAUGAAACUGAUCAAUGAUGAGUUAUCUACUAUCCUUACUCAUAAAGAAAAAAUAAAAACUGUUCCCGAUGUGGAUAACAAUUUAGGACGUAUUUUGAAAUACGUUACAUGUCCCGGUAUAAAGUUUAUAGAUACUGAAAUUCUUGUUCAAUAUGACUUGAAACAACUUUGUUCAAUCUAUGACAACUUGAGCACGAGUGUUCAGCUUUUGGAAAAAUAUCAUGGGUUACAGAUUUUCCUCUCAAUUUGGUUGAUGUUUACUAGCGCAGUUGUUGGAGUAACGGUAAUCGUCUGCAAACAGGUCCAAAUAUUGUGGCUUGUGAUCGCGAAAAGUACUUUACCAUCAGUCUGGUGUUUCGUUGGAUGCUACAUUAAUGAUCAAUUAAGUCGAGAAGUUGAUCAGACUAUUACACUUAUAAUUAAAAUCCUGAUAGACUACAGAUGCGUGCCAUCCAGAAAGCCUGUUUUGGAGACAUUCAAAGAGCUUGUCAGCAACAACCGCCUUCAGUUCACCGCUUGCAGUUUGUUCAAUUUGAGCUACGCUAUGUUGCUUGGUACUUUGUUAAACGUCAUCACUUACAGUAUAAUCCUGAUCCAGUUAUUUACUACUAUGUAAUGUAUUAAUGUUUUGG